AAAAUACUAAAAUUGCUUGGACUUGAUCGUGUUGACGAUCUCAGAAUCCCAAAUGGGCAUUCCAUUCUAACAACUCAUUUGCUUUAUUAACGACGAACCCCCGUGAGUCGUUACAAACCAAAACAAACCGGCUUAUCUCGCGACAUCCAAGCCGAUCGCUCAGUUUUCGCUGAGACAGCAAUGUUGUUGUACGCCUUAAGCUUAAUUCUCUUGAUCCAACUCGCGAUCGGCUUAGAAGAGGGCGAUCGCUGCUCGAUCAACGGCCAAAAUGGCGUCUGCCUGGUUCGGGCCAACUGCCCGGAAUAUGCCCAGAUGAAGCAACUCGGCGUUCGUCCGCGAAUUUGCGCCUACAAAACUGAUCCUCGGGAACCGAUCAUCUGCUGUCCAGCGUUGGCAUCGGGGAAUGAUCGUCGGAAUGUUCACCGCAGCGAACAGUAUUGCGAUCAGUACCGCAAGUUGGCGUCCACGGAGAUCCUCGUUGGACCGCUGACGCCGGGCGCGGAGUUAAACCGACAUCUGAUUCCGCAGUGCGACGAAUCGCUCGGGUUGAUCGUGGGAGGGCAGGAAAGUCUGCCCGGUGAGUUCCCGCACAUGGCUGUUCUGGGGUGGUCCGAAGGUGGGGACGAUCGGGAUCCGGAAUUCCGCUGCGGAGGAUCACUGAUCAGCGAUCGGUACGUGCUGACCGCGGGACACUGCGUCCGGACGACGAAGGAGAACGUCGUGAACGUGGUCCGACUGGGAGAUCAUCAUCUAUAUGAGCGGGGUGAUGGAAUGAGGGAGGUAACGCUGGGUAUCGAGACGAUCGUGGUUCAUCCGGAGUAUCGACCGUCGGAAAGUCGGUAUAAUGACAUUGCCUUGGUGCGGUUGAACCAGUCGGUUACGUUUGGGCCGAACAUUCGGCCGGCUUGUCUGUGGCCUACAAACCAGCUCAACGAGACUCGAGUCGUGGCUACCGGUUACGGAGAUACCGAAGACUACGGCAGUCCAUCCUCGGUCCUGAUGAAGGUCGGGCUGGAAGUUCUGCCGAACGAUCUCUGCCAUGGACUGUACGUCGAGGAGCGCAAACUUCCGCAAGCGAUCGCCGAUUCGCAGCUUUGUGCGCGAUCUCCGGUGGACGAGCAGCCGAGAGAUACCUGUCGGGGGGAUUCCGGAGGGCCGCUGCAAGUCGCGCUGGCCGGCCAUCGGUGUCUGUACUACCUCGUUGGGAUCACGUCCUUCGGGAAGGGUUGUGGAGCGGUGGGAACGGCCGGAGUGUACACCCGGGUGGCGGCGUAUUUGGAGUGGAUCGAAGGGAUUGUGUGGCCUUAGGCCUUUCGAAAACGAUACUUUGGUUUGGUCACCAUAAAAUGUUUUCGUUAAACAAA